GUCUGCGGUGCUCCUCCUCCUCCGCGGAGCUCCUUCGAAACUCUGCGCCGGGAGCCGCACUCGGACUCCGCCACGGACUCCGCCCCGCAAUGCCCGCAAUCGCCAUGGCCACCUUGCCCCCCGCCCCUCCGUUUGUCAGGUGUGAGUCGGUGAGCAGAGGGGUGACGCAGCAGAAAAGUCCGGUAGCAGGAAGAACUUUUACGUGCCCUGCACCUGUAUGGCAACCUGAAAUGGUUUCUGUUUGCUUUUAUCUGGUUUUUCUGAUGGCUUUAUGGCCACCUAGAGCUGCUGCUGUGUUGAGAGGCCACCUCUGCUCUGCUGUCUGUUGAACAUAUACAGAAGUGAUUUUAUAAACUUUAAAUAAACUUUGAGGUGGACGCAUGGUACUGCCGGGGAGGAAAGCACAGCACAGAGGUGCAGGGGAGCAUGGCUGGCCAGAGGCCGCUGCUGCUUUGGGUCGUGACUGUCGGGAGGUAACUAAAACUCGUGUUACUUGCCCUCCACGGCGAGAGUGGCACAAUCGGGAGCAGACGAACGGAAAGGUUCCGCCUUGCUGGUGUGUCCUACGUGCCGGGUGGGAAUGGGUUACUGGGGACUCCCAGCAGAAAAAUGCGUGACGUGAGGAGAAAAGCGUCGUUAAUCGAAGCUCGGAAAGCCGGUGGGGAGCUGGGCUUUCAGAUAGCGCUUGUGCUCCUAUUUCAGUCCCCCAGAAGAGAACGCUCGCGGCAGCAGCCGUGAGGUUUCCCGGCCGCUCAGACCAGGUGCCACAGCCAACCCGCAGGUCCCUGCGGGAGCAGUGGCAGCGAGCUUGGGUGCGGGCUCUCAACAGCCAGGCGCGCCGGCACGGGGUACGGCAGGGCACGAGCAGGGGAGCGCGGGGAGCAGCAGCGAGGUGAGGCGGGCACACCCGCCAGCUCUUCGUUCGCAGGUGCCGGGACAGCCUUCCCCGCAGGGCGCUCCGCCCGGAGCAGCCGUUAGGCACCGGGAGCCAUGCUGACGGCUCAGUUCGGCCUUCGCGGGAGUGUGCUGCGGUGUGCGAGCGCGGAAAGGGCGGAGUGGGUUACCACCCGUCGUUUGACGCGAGUUGGGAGUUCAGUGCAGAUCACAUUUGAAGAGAGUCCUCAGUUACCACAAGCCGCAAAUAUAAGUUGUGUGACAUGCAAGGGACAGUCUGACCACAGCAUGGUGCUGUGCUGCCAUCUGUCAGUUGAAGCUGUGAAAUUCCCUGUCUCUGUUACUCAGCAGUCCCCAGUUGCUGUUUCUGUGGACACGUAUCAUGUCACUUUGGCUGUGCUGCAGGCUCAGGUGGAGAUCCACUUGGAAGAGAUACAGAAUGAGGGUCUCCUGGUGUCAUGGACAUUCAAAGACAGACCAGACUUAAAUCUUUUGGUUCUUCCGCGACUUGAGCUUCCUGAGAAGGAUGAAGGAAGAGCAGAUCUGUCCACUAUAAAGGAUCUGAUUGAGGAUACCAUUGUCAGCACAAAGCCAGCCAUGAUGGUGAAUUUGAUGGCCUGCAGCACUGAAGCCAAUGCGGUACCCAGCAAUAAGUUGACUCGAGAGUCCCCGUUUGGACUAGCAGCAGCCCCUCUGGGUUCUAAGCUGUUGCUCCGGAAUCUUCGAGUGCUGAACUUGGGCUGCCAGGGGAAGGGAGGAGUAGGGGAGAUCUGCUGCGUGGCAGAGCUAGACAGCCCCCCGCAGCAAAAGUGGACGAGGCCAAUGACAGUGGCAGGUGGCAGUGUCGGUGCUGCAGGAGAGAUGGAGUGGAAUGAUGAGUUCUUUCUGGAGUUGGGACCUAGAAGCAAAGAACUGAAACUACAGGUCCUGGGGAACAGCGGCGGAGAGGGAUGUGUGCUGCUGGCAUCUGCCACGCUUUUGAUAGAUUCUUUAGGCAAGCAGCCAUCUGGGAGACAGGUCUGCUCACUGGCCCCGGGAGCUGGACAGUCACUGACAGCUGAGGCUACCAUUACAUUGGAGCUGCUGUUCCAAGAGUGUCCUGCAUCUUUGAAUGCUCCACAUGCCACGUCUCUGAGAACCAGCAUCACCCCCACCAAGAAGGUGGAGAUGGACAGGACCAUCAUGCCCGAUGGCACCAUCGUGACUACUGUCACCACAAUUCAGUCCCGGCCCAAGGCAGACUGCAAACUGGAUUCACCAUCAAGGUCGCCUUCCAAAGUGGAAGUGACUGAAAAGAAGACAACAGUGCUCUUGGAAACCAGCUGUCCUCACGGCCACUUGCCCAGCAGUAGCCGGGAUAGCCAUAUGCCCAAUGGCUUGGAUCCAGUGGCUGAGACAGCAAUCAGGCAGCUAACUGAGACGAAUAACAAGACCGCCAAGAAGACACCAACAAAACGUAGUACACUGAUCAUCUCAGGAGUGUCCAAGGUACCUAUUGCUCAAGACGAAAUGGCACUCUCUCUGGGUUAUGCUGCAUCCCUGGAGGCCACAGUGUAUGGGGACUCUGAUGCAGAGGGCACAGCUGACCGGAUGCAUGAUUUUACCGAAUUGUCACGGCAACUGGAAGCAUCACCAUUGGGACAAAGGGACAAUCAGGAGUUGGAUGAGACAACGCAAUCAGACAUCUCUGAAAGACCAUCCGUGGAAGAUGUUGAGUCUGAAACCGGCUCCACAGGAGCCCUUGAGACGAGGAGCUUGAAAGAUCACAAAGUUAACUUUCUUCGGAGUGGUACCAAGCUCAUCUUCCGGAGAAGGAGCAAGCAGAAGGAAGCAGGCCUGAGCCAGUCACACGAUGACUUGUCCAAUGUCACUGCCAACUCCACCACCAGAAAGAAAACUGGUAGCUUCUCUCACCGCCUUAUCAAACGCUUCUCCUUCAAGUCUAAAUCCAAACCCAAAGGUAGUGACCACACAUCAGCUGGUGAGAACUGAAGGAGGGAGAAGCCCAUUGGAAAGAUUUCUCAGAGAUCGUUUUCUAGUCUCUUGUCUUCCCACUCCAUGGUAUCUGUGACUUGCAGUCCAGUUCUUUCCAACCUUGGCUGAGGGAAGACACCCCAGUGCUUUACACCAUUUUGGGGAGUGGAGGUGGCAGACCCAGGACUUAGGUUGUUUGGCUGCCUUGGCUUAGCCUUCUCUGCUUGUUGCACCCCACUGUGCUCUCCCAGAAAAUCCAGGUGGCAUGCUAAUCCCCCUGGGGGUCCCAGGAACUGCAGAAGUGACUCCAUGUGUGUAGCUGUUUGGCGUUAUCAGGUGCCUCAUGGAAAUGGGAGAGCAGGUCUCUCAAGUAGCAACCUUCACAGUUAAAAUCAAGAAACAAUUGGGUUAGUUAAAGUGCUGGGAAGUGUGGGAUGUAAUCUCAUUCAGCUCUUCUUGUGACAGAGAAUGAUGCAGUCACUGAUGACCUAAACACUGUUAUUGCUUGUGCAUUCCUGGGUUGUGAGCUGUCAGAAGACAGCUGUUAGCUGUCAGAGUUGCAGUUUUCCAUCUGGCUCUGCCAUUGGAACAGUCUUUGGUUCAGACAGCACUGAGGAACUCCUUUUUUCUGUGCUGUGUUGGUGAAGGAAAAAGUCUCUAAGAAGAAGGAAGUUUCAUCCACUGCACAAGUUUUCGUAGAAGCCUGGGUCCUCACAAGAAAGCCUGGUCAGUGCUGUUGGUUUUGCCACCCUGCGCAGCCACUCCAUGACAGCACUCCUUCCACAUUUGUGUUGUUGCACAGGGAACGGCCUGUACUGAGUGCACACACCAGCUGUUGUAUGAGCAGAUCCCUUACUCUUGGGGGUGCUUGGGGAUGUUGCCAAAGGGCUGCCAGGCUGUCUUCCAGACCUGCUGAGCGUCCGGUCUUGUGCUGUCAUGGUUCUCGUGCCAAGGACUGGCACCAUGCUGGGGGUGUCGGGUAAGGAAUAAGCAAGGAGUAUAGUGAAAGGCAGUCUAAUGGGGAGCCUGAAGGCACAUGGCAGAAAGAGGCAAGAGUUUAUGUGUUGUCACUUGUGGGUUUCCUUCAGAAGAGGGAAUCUUUCUGGAUCGCGUUUGGUAUUUCCUUUCUUCUUGUAAACACGAUCCACCCCAUUCAAACAGAGGGCAUUUCUGCAGCAGGUAUUUGCAGAGAGGGAGAGGCGUGCAGGGGAAAAUAGAAUCCCUGUGCAGGAGGAGACUGUCCUAGAGAAACAGUUGUCCAGUCUCCUGGCCCUUACACAUUUUAUUUAUAAUAUCCCCAGAAGUUCCCUUCAGAUAGCACAUAGCAAUGCUCUUUGGAGAAAUGCUGACACCCUGUUAACAUGCCUGAUUUGAGAGAAACCUCCUCCUUUCCUGUGGGUUGUCAAGUUGAGGAGGUAGGACAGAGGGGAGGAAAAACCUCACAGAAGAGCUAUUUCCCAGGCCUGACUGGAUUCUCUGCUCUUUCAUUAGAGUAUCUCCUGUGAUGGUGUCUGUUGCCCUUCCUUAUGCAGGAUGCUGCCAACUGAAAAAAACAGUUAUCUUGAUCGUGUUUCUUAGAAGGGCAAACCCUGACUUGCUGAUACUUGCUGCCAUGUGCCAUUUCCAAGGACCAGAAUGUGUUCGGUGUGUUGCAGCAAAAGGAUUUACAGGCAGCUGUUUCUUGCAUAUUUUUACAGGUGGAGAAUGCCAGAGUUACCAAGGGCUAUAAUUGAAAGUGCCAAUGUGUGCUAGCAGGAGGGACUCAUGGCUGUUUUUCCUGCUGAUUCUUCACAUGAUUGGGCAUGUAUGAAUCCGAAAAAUCGUAUUGGUUCAGCUGGCUAAUCAGGAACCUCUACAUCUGUUUUUGUCUGAGAGUCUUUGUCAUCCCCAAGCUCUGUCAAUGUCUUUUAUCCUUUGUUUCUUUCCUUGUCCACAUCGUACUGUGGCUUUGUUUACAUUUCAGAUGCCAGAGAACUCACUGUUGUUCACUGAGGAUCAUUUUCAUUGAUGUGAGUGAUCAGUUUGCACUACAGUGCCAUUGGAACUUUGCCAUGUCUAGCCAGCCACCAGUUUCACAUAGCCUUCUUUCACCAGGUUGGUGCAGUGCUGUCACCUGCGGUGCUGUCCUUCUGAGGCACACCCUUGUUCCCAAAGUCUUGGAGUUUGGUUUCAGUUCAGUAUUCUCUCUUGCACCAUCCCCUACAUGACUUGUAGCUAUGACAAUAGUUUGUGUUCCAUUUUUGGAUUUUAUUUAUUCAUUUUAACACCAUUUCAAGGUACUAAAACUUGAAGAUUUGAACCCAGACAGCACCACUUCUCUGGUGGGAGACUGUGAAGCUUUGCAGUAGCUGAGUGGAAGUUUAAAUGGAAGAGCCUGUGGCUCUUCAGUUGUGGGUUAAUCAAGGACCUGCUGUGAGUCUCAUUUUAUAGUCCCGUGUUCUCUUCUUUGAACUGUAAGAGCAGCUUGAGCUGUCUUGGUGCAGAGUGGCUGGAGAUGAACACCAAGGGUUACCAGUAUUCUUCAGAAUCAGGGAUCUGAGGCUCAUGUACACAAGGAGGACUGUGAGGGAUAUCCAUUGUUGUCCUUGUCACUGUAGACUGGAGGCAGGAAAGGCAAGGUUUCUGUCUGACAAACACGUACCUAGAUUCUUGACUAGGUCUGGCUUGGAGAAGGAGGUGAUAGGAAAGGGAGUAAAACAGAAACUUGAGUUACUCACUGGCCUUUGGGACCCUUUCUAGCCAUGUUAAAUGGGCGGUUGCUGUCAUAUAUCCAUGGCUUUCCUGUUUUGUUCCUGAUUUAUUUGCUCCAGGCUAUGCCUGCCAGUGACUUGCAAUGGAGGUAUGGUUUUUGAUCUUGAACUUGAUGCUUCGGAAGACACCUGCAUUGUGUUUGGCAAAAUGAAUGGCACAUGGGAAGCAUGCCAGUAGGGGUAUAUCUUCCCUUGAAUUUUUAGCAGUGUUUUUUACCACAGGCAGUAAAUUGUGCUGCAAAUCUGUAUCCGGUUAGACAGCUUGCAAAGGAAACGGAUGCUGUCAAAUGCUGACAGAGCACAUCCCCAAACAUUAGGUCCUACAUCUGCUUGUGUUUCCUACAGGAGAUGUAUUUUCUGACAUUUUGUUGCUUCUCAAAGUCAUACAGUGUAGGAGUAGUACCGUAACCUUUUAUCUUCUUUUAGAUGUUCUCUGUAAGUGCAGACUGUUUUUCAGGGUGUUUGGCAAAAGUGCUGUUUGAGGAACAGAGGGAUGGCAGGGCAUGGGUCUGUUGUGUGCAUUGGAAAUUUUUCGGUUCUGAUAUGCUCCUCAUUAACCAUGUUGAUCUUUUGUCGUCUUAGCUGAACAAGGCUUUCUUUCUGGCCCACAGAUUUUUUUCAUCCCCUAGGCAGUAGGUGCUGGUUUUGUUAGUCCUGACUAUGGACAGCACAGGUGGCUCUUCCUGGUUUCUCAAAGGUGUGAAUGGUAAUGAAUCCACCUCAUGGUGGAGGUGUGAUUAUUGGUGUGAGAAACUAUUUGUCUAUCCUGAUCUUCUCAGAUGGAAAGAGAAGGUCACAUAGAGUUUUGUUCUCCAGAAGCUGCAAAGACAAAGUCCCCAGGAAUUUCCCCCCAUGGAAUGGCUGCUUUAAGAAGCCUCUUUUCUAUUUAAUCCUCACUUGUGUUUCUGGCUUUAAGACAGAAGAAAUGCUGUUUGAAAUCUACUUUCCCUGUUUAACUUCUUCUAGAUACCUUGGUGCAGCUGUGGGCUCUGUGGCAUUUCAUAAUGUCUGGGACCACAGAGCACCCCAUGAAUGGCGCAAGCCACCAUCAAACUUCUUAAGCUCAAAUGAUCUGUGGUUGGCAGAUUGUUGUCUCAGGGUAGGCUCACUUAUUUGCACUUUGUGAAAUUGGUCCUUGACCAAAUAUAUAGUGGAAGAGGAACAGCAGAGCAGUGGGCUUGAAUGCAUGGAAGCUUCAACCUGCAUAUGAUGACCUGCAUUCCGGAUGUUAUGUUUUGCUGCUGUCUGCACAAGCAGAACAGUGACUUGUAAAUUAAGCCAAAGUAGGCAUUGUGUUGGGAUUGUUUAGGUUUUUGUUUGUUUUUGGUUUGCUUGUAGGGUUUUUUGGUUUGUUGGGGGUUUCUUAUUUGUGGGUUUUGUUUGAUUUGUUUGUUUGUUUCCUAUUUUGGCUGAACAGAUUUACUAGAAUUUACCUAUGCUCUGUAUUUUUACUUCUCCAAAGAAAAUAGAUUUACACUAGCUGUAAGCAUGCUUGUAAGUAUAUUUCUGUCUGGAUACAUCUUCACCCUAUGCUUAGGCAAGGCUGUUUAGGAGUCUCAUCAUCCACAAAGCCCUCGGUGUUGGCCCAGGAGAGAUAUCCCCUUGAGUCAGUGGAAAAGGGACACAGGAAAAAAUGAAGGGAACCUCAAAACCUCAGUGUUCUGAGGACGCCAUAGGAUUUAGCAUGAUGGAUGUGUGAAGCCAGAGGAAUUGGGUGCAUGGAUGUGUAUUUGCAUGUGCUUCUAAUUAGAGCAUACUCCGCAAAUGCCUAUACUGGUAACUGUGCAGUGUGACUUGAGGACGACAGUGCCGAUAGAUGGGACAGGAGAGUGGCCGAACUAGCUUCUGAGGCAUUCAUAUCCGUUUCUUGCACAGACUUCUGCAGGGGCAGAUCUGAGCAAGCAAGUCUAAUUCCUGCCCCUGUAAGCACCCUCAUGCUGCUUAUGCAGUUGACUCUUCUAAGAAGAAUCCUUUGUUAAUAAUAGGUUUUUCUUCCCUACAAGUCUCCAAAGCCAGUCUUUACAAUUAUAGAGAUGACACCUCAAAUUAUAAUUAGAGCUAGAAUGAAAUUGCUAGAUAUUGUAUAUAUUGUAUAUAUUUAGUAUAUAUUCUGAUUGUGAUGGUGUGAAUUGUGACAUCUAUAUUGUCUCACCCUUCACAUGAGACUGAAAAUAUAAGUUUUUAAAACACCUCUCAGUUGCCCCAUCUCUGGGUCAGAAAAGGGUUAAAUCCAAUAGGUGGGGUUUCAGGCAGCCUGACUGAAAUGGGGAAGAGUGAGAGGAGACUGUUUGGGUGGAGAGCAAGUUCAGUGCAGGGGAAUGUAAUGAAAAUUUCUUCAAACCAUGGGCACAUGCUAUUUUUAGACUAGAACUGGGCACAUGGCAAAUAUUUUUGUUACCUUUUUUGGCCUUAGUGAUGCAAUAGCUUCUCUUGGGCCAUUGUUUGCUAAACCUACUGAGAAGUAAUUUCUGGGUGGCUGUGGAGAUGCUUGAGUGUUUUGAGAGUUAUUGUUUGUGGUCUUUUUGCAUUGUUCUCUCCAUCCCACCUCCCCUACUACAAGGUCAGGGUGAGUCACAGGAUAGAGUACAGUG